AUGUCAGUGUUUGAGCUUGGUGAUCGUGCGCUAGUUUAUCAAGGAGAGUUACUGUAUGAGGCCAAGAUACUCAAGAUAUUUUAUCCCUUGUCAAAGAUAAUCAAAUCUAAUGACGAGAAAACUAAAGAAGUUGUUGAAACCGCACCAGAACCGAUUUUCCUGGAGAAGUAUCGAUCAUCAAAGGCUUAUUUUGUACACUACAAAGGAUGGAAGUCCAAGUGGGACGAAUGGGUCACACCAGAAAGAAUUCUGCCAUAUAACAAAGAAAACUUAAUCAAGCAAAAGGAGUUGGUUCAAAGCCAUCGAUCUGGCGAAUCAUCGAUUUCGAACCGACCUAAAGUAAAACUUACGCUGAAAAGCGGGGUCAAGCAAACGAGCAAUGGAUCAUCGAACUUCUCUGAACCUUCCAAAAGGGCCGAGUUGAAAGUCCAAAUUCCUGAUUCGAUAAAAUACGUUUUGGUAGACGACUGGGAAAAUGUGACUAAAAAGCGCAAGCUGGUUCACUUGCCUUCUAAAGACUGCAUUGCCAACAUUGUAGCUGCAUACACCGCACAACUUCAACUUUCUUCGACGACUCAAGACGAUCCUGCGCUAGACAAUAAGCUUGAAAUUGCUCGCAGCCUAAGGCUCUAUUUCAACCAAGCGUUAGGCUCCUUACUUCUUUACCGUCAUGAAAGGACACAAUACAAGAUGGUGUUGGAAAAAUUUCCUGAUUGUGAGAUGUCGCAAAUCUAUGGUAUAAAUCAUCUACUGAGGCUUUGCGCCAUUCUGCCCAAUUUAGUGAUACAAUCGACAAUGGACCCACAAAGCAUUUCUCUUGUACGUGAGUUCUUGGAGGAUUUUUACGUUUUCUUGUGCGCAAACCUGAAAGAGCUUAUGGAAGAUUACGAAAACGAUCUGCCCACGUAUUGA